UUUAAAGAAAUAUUUUCAAAAUCUAGAUCUAGUUUCGUUCUCUACAUCAACAUGACACAACAUCCAAAUCCGAUAGUUUUCUUUGAUAUAGCGAUUGGAAGCACUGCUGCUGGUAGAAUCAAAUUUGAAUUGUUUUCCGAUGUAGUCCCAAAGACAGCAGAGAAUUUCAGACAACUGUGUACAGGAGAGUACAGAAAAGAUGGAAAGCCACUUGGUUAUAAAGGUUCCAUAUUCCACAGAGUCAUUAAAGAUUUCAUGGUUCAAGGUGGUGACUUUGUAAAUGGUGAUGGCACAGGUAUGACGAGUAUAUACGCUGGUCGGCCGUUUGCUGAUGAAAAUUUUAAAAGAAAACACGAGUGUGCUGGUGUGUUGUCUAUGGCUAACAGUGGCAGAGAUACAAAUGGCUGCCAGUUUUUUAUCACCUGUGCAAAGUGUGAGUUCCUGGAUGGGAAACAUGUUGUCUUUGGUAAGGUAAUAGAUGGUCAUCUUGUGUUGAGGAAAAUUGAGAAUGUUCCUGUUGGGCCUAACAAUAAACCAAAAAUUCCUGUGACAAUAUCGGAAUGUGGGGAAAUGUAGCACUACAUCAUCAAUUUUUUUUUAUUUAAAAAAAAAAAUCAUCAAUCUCACAUGUUCACAUUAAGUCAUGUUUAUUUUGUAAAAUAUAUGUUGGUGUACAACUUUUAUAAACUUUUUGUUUGUU